CGUUGCUUUGCAGUUUUUGUUCCUUCUUCGCUGCCGCGAACACACGCACGCACUCUCUCUCUCGUUUUCUUUUUCGUCCCCAUCUUUCUUUCUCAUUUUCUUCCGCGCCAAGCACCAAGUUUUAUCGGACGGAAAGCUCUGGAGAAGGUGGAGAGUGGGAGGAGGUCCGUGAAUAACGAGCUUGACGUUUGGGUCUCGUAACAGAGAUGGCUCUGAGGCGUCUGAUCAUGGAGGUUUCAAGGAAUCGGUCAGCAAUGGAACAAUAUAAAGUUCUGCUUUCUAGAAGUUGUAUGCUGCCUGCACAAAAGGUUGGAGGUGGUGGAGGGAACAUGCUUUUAAAUCCUCAAGGGAGGUUUCAGUCAAGCUAUGUUGGUAAUUUAUCUCGCAGAGUACGUGAUGUACUAGACGAAGCCCAUGAAGUUGCCCAUUUGAAAGAACUUUACCGUCGUAGUGAUUAUGAAGCAGUGAUUAGAUUAUUUGAAAGUGAACCAUCACUACAUUCUAAUCCUUCGGCACUAGCUGAAUAUGUGAAAUCAUUAGUUAAAGUUGAAAGGCUGGAUGGGAGUGAGUUGCUGAAAACACUGCAGAGAGGUAUUUCUAAGCAUGCAGGGGAGGCAGAAAAUGGUGGUGGGCUUGCAGCUUUUAGGAAUUUUGGGAAACCUACAAAAAAUGGUAUACUUGGAACUGCAAGUGCACCUAUUCAUAUGGUAUCUGCAGAAGGAGGUAAUUUCAAAGAGCAGCUGUGGCGUACUAUUCGUACUAUUGCACUGGCUUUUCUCCUGAUUUCUGGCGUAGGAGCACUGAUUGAGGAUAAAGGCAUAAGUAAAGGGCUGGGUCUAAAUGAAGAGGUGCAACCUAGCAUGGAGUCAAACACAAAGUUUAACGAUGUAAAGGGUGUUGAUGAGGCAAAGGGAGAGCUAGAAGAAAUUGUUCAUUAUCUUCGAGAUCCUAAGCGCUUCACUCGUCUUGGUGGCAAGCUUCCAAAAGGUGUUUUGCUUGUUGGCCCACCUGGCACUGGCAAAACAAUGUUAGCAAGAGCUAUUGCGGGAGAAGCAGGGGUCCCUUUCUUCUCUUGUAGUGGCAGUGAGUUUGAAGAGAUGUUUGUUGGUGUUGGCGCCCGAAGAGUGAGGGAUCUUUUUUCUGCUGCAAAGAAGCGGUCACCUUGCAUAAUCUUCAUUGACGAGAUAGAUGCCAUAGGUGGUAGCCGCAACCCCAAGGAUCAGCAGUACAUGAAGAUGACACUGAAUCAGUUGCUUGUUGAACUGGAUGGUUUCAAACAAAAUGAAGGAAUCAUUGUGAUCGCUGCGACUAAUUUCCCCGAGUCACUUGACAAGGCGCUUGUGAGGCCUGGACGAUUUGAUCGCCAUAUUGUUGUUCCUAAUCCAGAUGUUGAAGGACGGAGGCAAAUUAUGGAGGCUCACAUGUCAAAGGUUCUUAAGGCAGAUGACGUGGAUUUGAUGAUCAUUGCUAGAGGGACUCCUGGGUUCUCAGGUGCAGAUCUUGCAAACUUGAUUAACAUCGCUGCACUGAAGGCUGCAAUGGAUGGUGCUAAAGCAGUGAGCAUGGCUGAUCUGGAGUAUGCCAAGGAUAAGAUUAUGAUGGGAAGUGAGCGCAAGUCAGCUGUAAUAUCUGAUGAGUCGCGAAAGCUAACGGCUUUCCAUGAGGGUGGACAUGCUCUUGUGGCUAUCCAUACCGAUGGUGCUCUUCCAGUUCACAAGGCGACAAUAGUUCCCAGAGGAAUGGCUCUUGGCAUGGUUUCCCAAUUGCCUGAUAAGGAUCAGACGAGCGUCUCACGCAAACAAAUGCUUGCACGACUUGAUGUUUGUAUGGGUGGACGUGUUGCAGAAGAGCUAAUCUUUGGGGAAAAUGAAGUUACUUCAGGUGCAUCUAAUGAUCUCAACCAAGCAACAGCUCUUGCAAGAGCAAUGGUCACGAAGUAUGGUAUGAGCAAAGAAGUUGGGGUUGUCACCCACAACUAUGAUGACAAUGGGAAGAGCAUGAGCACAGAAACUAGGCUUCUCAUAGAAAAAGAAGUGAAGUAUUUCUUGGAAAGAGCUUACAACAAUGCGAAAACCAUUCUUACCACCCAUAACAAGGAGCUCCAUGCCCUUGCCAAUGCCUUGCUUGAGCAUGAGACACUGUCGGGUAACCAGAUAAAGGCUCUGCUUGCCCAAUUGAACUCUCAGCAGCAGCAACAGCAGCAGCAAGUAGUUUCCACACAGAGUAACUCACAGUCUAAUCCAGUCCCUCCAUCAACACCCAAUCCAGCUGCAUCUGCUGCCGCAGCAGCAGCUGCAGCAGCAGCGGCAGCGGCUGCAACUGCUGCAGCCAAGUCUAAAGGCAUCGCUCCCGUUGGUUCUUAGCAUGAGGUUGGAGUUAUCGAUCAGCCACGGAUUAUGAUACCUUGGAUGAAUUUGUUAUCAAGGGUUUAUUUCUAUAUCAUCUCCAAUCAUGUCACUUCUUUAUACACACGCACACACACCAACUUGUAGAUCGCUCCCCAGGUGAUCGAAUUAUUGGUAGAAAAAAAAAGGAUAAGCUUCUUGGAAGUUCAGCUACGGUGUUUUUUGGCCCCCUAAAGAAUAGAAUUUAAGCUACAGCUGAGGUCAUAUACUAUGUACUUGUGUACAAGCAUUGAUGUAUUUCCUAAUUUAAAAUGUUUAAAAGAUAAUAGCAAAAUUUAUUAUGGGAUUUUUUAUGGUGUGA